AGUGCCUGGCAUUAUAAACUUAUAUUAAGCUUUGCAAGCGAAAGUGCAUAAAUUCUAUACACCGUAAAAGGUUUUUCUACAAAUACAGAUUACAAGACUGAUAUUAAAUUGGGGUCAACCGAAAUUACAGAAAAGUCAUGUGUAUUAUCAGUUAUCCGAUGCAAGGAAAUCAAGCAGUUCAGCAACUUAUAUCAGGCCCACCGCAAUUACCAUCUUUGUACAGCGGACAAAAAAUUAAGACAGGACCAUAUACUGUUACUGUCACCGAUGAAAUGGUAGCACAAAGAGAAAGAGAAAACCAAGAAUUAUAUAGAGCAUGGCGUGAGCAACAACAAGGAGGAACGAUGGGACCAGGUGGAGAUGCAUCCAAUUAUGUAGGAGACUUUAAACAGGAAGAAGUGAGAAGAAGCUUCAUUAGAAAAGUCUUUCUAAUACUAACGCUUCAGUUGAUAUUCACCACGUCCGUUAUAGCAAUUUUUCUUUUUGUCGAUGCUGCAAAAAAGUUCAUGAUACUAUAUUGGUGGUUAUGGAUUAUAGCCUUUAUAUGCUUUACUAUUUCUUAUUGCGCCGUAUCUUGCUCUGUACGUGCUAGACGCACAACGCCUUGUAAUUAUAUACUGUUAUGCAAAUUGACAAUAGCCCUUUCAUAUUUAGCUGCAUUUGCGUCUGUCUCAUACGAGACUGAAAUUGUCUUGAUGGCAUUAGGUAUGACAUCAAUGAUGGCAUUUGGAAUUGGUCUUUUAGCAACAUGUUUGAAGUUUGAUUUAACUAUGAGGACAGGACUCAUGAUGAUUGCUGGAUUGGCUUCUAUACUUGGCAUUACUGUAAUGAUGAUAAUACUAAUUUUUACAUAUAUUAAAGUAUUACACGUAAUCAUUUCUGUUAUAGGAAUGAUCAUGUUGUCAAUGUAUCUGUAUUUUGAUGUGCAAACAAUUAUGGGUGGACGAAGGAUAGAGAUACAUCCCGAUGAAGUUGUAUUUGCAACAGUUCAAAUUUACGUGGACAUAGUGCUGUUGUACCAAUAUAUUUUAAUGUUCAUGGGUUUAAUGCAUGAUCAAUGAGAAUAACGGAUGGCGAUAAUGAUUCUACUGUUUCAUAUAUGAUAUUUCUUAUUUUUAUUAUUAUCUAUGAAAUUAACA